UUCUGAGAAAGAAGGAAGUAAAAAGAGGCAGCAAACCACUACCCUAACCUGAUUGUCCUUUAAACAUGUCAAGAUCCAGACUUUUCAGUGUCACUUCAGUGAUCUCAACAUUAGGGAUCUUGUGUUUGCUGCUAUUCCAGUUGGUGCUCUCGGACCUACCAUGUGAAGAAGAUGAAAUGUGUGUAAAUUAUAAUGAUCGACACCCUAAUGGCUCGUAUAUCUGGAUCCUGCUGCUGGUUUUCAUGGCAACUCUUCUCUGCGGAGCAGUGGUCCUCUGCCUCCAGUGCUGGCUGAGGAGACCCCGAAUUGAUUCUCACAGGCGCACCAUGGCCGUUUUUGCUGUUGGAGACUUGGACUCCAUUUAUGGGACAGAAGCAGCUGUGAGUCCAACUGUUGGAAUUCACCUUCAGGCUCAAACCCCUGACCUGUAUCCUGUUCCAUAUGAAGAAAUUUUAGGCUCCCCACCUCCAUAUGAAGAUAUUAUAAAAACAAGCUGAUCUGAGGUCUGGAUUAUCAAUUUAAAGUAUUAAAGACAUCUGUAAUUCCAAAACAUCAAAUUAAGGAAUAGUUACUUCAGUUGGUGGAAAUGUCCAGAAAUCUAUUCAUAUAGUCUGAGGAAGGACAAAUAGACAAAAAUAAAAAAAUGGAUGUCUGGAAACAUUUUGGUCAUGGAGAUGUCUAAAUAGUAAAUUAGUGGAUUCUUGCUGUGUCACUGCUGUGUCAUACUUUUAUGCUACACCACUGAAUUAACGCUUUGCACUAGAACCUAAAUAAACAAUAAUUAGGUGAUAGAAGUUGUCUCUGUUACAUUUAGGACUCCACUGCAGUAUACAUCGCACCAUUUUCUGCUUUAAACUUUUUCCUAGUGUGGAGUCCAUAAAAAUGAUUGUAAUUUAACAGUAGCCCAAGCAGAGAAUCCAACAUGUCCAGAACCAGAACCAGAAAGGUAAUAUUUGAAUUAUGAUGAGUGAGGGAAGAGAGUCGGUAAAAGAAAAGUUUGGAGUUGAAGGGUAUAGGAUAAAUGAAGAGGAAAAGAAAAGAUUACAAGUCUCAGUCUAAGAGACUUUAUGCCUCAACCUUGGGAGGAAGAAAUUGUAGAUAGAAGGUAAAGGAGAUUGCUGAAGACAUGGACCAUGUGUAAUGCCAAUGGGGUGAGGACA